CACCGCCGGUUUCCUUUGGCGCCGGACCCGAGUGACCCGGGUAGACCAGCCGGUGCCUUGGAGCUCCCCAUAUAAGACCCCUUCUUCCGCUUCCCUGCCAGCGAGCUUCCCGGCUCUUCCCCUGGCGCCGCGGCGCCCACUCGGUUUCAGGUUUAAUCCUGGGUUGGACCUGCCGUUUUGCUCAUCCCCACACUCAGCCUCUCAGUAAGCCCGGAGAAGUAGAAUCUGCACACAAACUCUCGGUGGCUGGAGCCGGCGGACUGGGCAUGCUCAGAAGCCAGAGCUGGCUUUGGUCUCAAGUAGGAAGCUUUUGCACUCGGGAGGCAGCGGCGACUUUGGGGAAAGUUGAUCGGAGAGGGGAGGAAGCCCCAAGACGCGGAGCAGCGGCAGGAAGGAGCCCCCGGCAGUCCGGAGGAGCAUGGGCACCCUGCGAGAUUUACAGUACGCGCUCCAGGAGAAGAUCGAGGAGCUGAGGCAGCGGGAUGCUCUCAUCGACGAGCUGGAGCUGGAGUUGGAUCAGAAGGACGAACUGAUCCAGAAGCUGCAGAACGAGCUGGACAAGUACCGCUCGGUGAUCCGGCCGGCCACCCAGCAGGCGCAGAAGCAGAGCGCGAGCACCUUGCAGGGCGAGCCGCGCACCAAGCGGCAGGCGAUCUCCGCCGAGCCCACCGCCUUCGACAUCCAGGAUCUCAGCCAUGUGACCCUGCCCUUCUACCCCAAGAGCCCACAGUCCAAGGAUCUCAUAAAGGAAGCCAUCCUUGACAAUGACUUUAUGAAGAACUUGGAGUUGUCGCAGAUCCAGGAGAUUGUGGAUUGUAUGUACCCAGUGGAGUAUGGCAAAGACAGUUGCAUCAUUAAAGAAGGAGAUGUGGGGUCACUGGUGUAUGUCAUGGAAGAUGGGAAGGUUGAAGUUACAAAAGAAGGUGUGAAGCUCUGUACCAUGGGUCCAGGAAAAGUGUUUGGGGAAUUGGCUAUUCUUUACAACUGCACACGGACAGCGACCGUCAAGACGCUUGUAAAUGUGAAACUCUGGGCCAUUGAUCGGCAAUGUUUUCAAACAAUAAUGAUGAGGACAGGACUCAUCAAGCAUACCGAGUAUAUGGAAUUUUUAAAAAGCGUACCAACGUUCCAGAGCCUUCCUGAAGAGAUCCUUAGUAAGCUUGCUGACGUCCUUGAAGAGACCCACUAUGAAAAUGGGGAAUAUAUUAUCAGGCAAGGGGCAAGAGGGGACACCUUCUUUAUCAUCAGCAAAGGAAAGGUAAAUGUCACUCGUGAAGACUCACCAAGUGAAGACCCGAUCUUUCUUCGAACUUUAGGAAAAGGAGAUUGGUUUGGAGAGAAAGCCCUGCAGGGGGAAGAUGUGAGAACUGCAAAUGUAAUUGCUGCAGAAGCUGUAACUUGCCUUGUGAUUGACAGAGACUCUUUCAAGCAUUUGAUUGGAGGGCUGGAUGAUGUUUCUAAUAAAGCAUAUGAGGAUGCAGAAGCUAAAGCAAAAUAUGAAGCUGAAGCUGCUUUCUUCGCCAACCUGAAGCUGUCUGAUUUCAACAUUAUUGAUACCCUUGGAGUUGGAGGUUUCGGACGAGUGGAACUGGUCCAGUUGAAAAGUGAAGAAUCCAAAACAUUUGCAAUGAAGAUUCUCAAGAAACGCCACAUUGUGGACACCAGACAGCAGGAGCAUAUCCGCUCGGAGAAGCAGAUCAUGCAGGGUGCUCAUUCCGACUUCAUAGUGAGACUAUACAGAACAUUCAAGGACAGCAAAUAUUUGUACAUGUUGAUGGAAGCUUGCUUAGGUGGAGAGCUCUGGACCAUUCUCAGGGAUAGAGGUUCGUUUGAAGAUUCUACAACCAGAUUUUAUACAGCAUGUGUGGUAGAAGCGUUUGCCUAUCUGCAUUCCAAAGGAAUCAUUUACAGGGACCUCAAGCCAGAAAAUCUCAUCCUAGAUCAUCGAGGUUAUGCCAAACUGGUUGAUUUUGGCUUUGCAAAGAAAAUAGGAUUUGGAAAGAAAACAUGGACUUUUUGUGGGACUCCAGAGUACGUAGCCCCAGAGAUCAUCCUGAACAAAGGUCACGACAUUUCAGCCGACUACUGGUCGCUAGGAAUCCUAAUGUAUGAACUUCUGACUGGCAGCCCACCUUUCUCAGGCCCAGAUCCUAUGAAAACCUACAACAUCAUAUUGAGGGGAAUUGACAUGAUAGAAUUUCCAAAGAAGAUUGCCAAAAAUGCUGCUAAUUUAAUUAAAAAGCUAUGCAGGGACAAUCCAUCAGAAAGAUUAGGGAAUUUGAAAAAUGGAGUGAAAGACAUUCAGAAGCACAAAUGGUUUGAAGGCUUUAAUUGGGAAGGCUUAAGAAAAGGCACCUUGACACCUCCUAUAAUACCAAGUGUUGCAUCACCUACAGACACAAGCAACUUUGACAGUUUCCCUGAGGACAAUGAUGAACCACCACCUGAUGACAACUCAGGAUGGGACAUAGACUUCUAAUGUAUUUCUCUUACCUGCUUCUGCCUUGCUGAAGACAGCUUUUUCUGAGACACAGCUGCCAGCAAACCUGAGGGAAAGGGAGAAGAUUAGCGCUCGGGGUCACCAUGAUGCCUUCGAUCGAUGCUGCUCCAGUAACUACAGUGGCAUUAGGACUUAUUGCUUAGAUGACAAUAGUGCUCUUCCCAUGUUUUCUGUUUGAACCUAAAAUAGCAGUUGACAUGGUGGUCCUGAAGCAAAGCCUUUCACCAGUAAAGAGAAGUUUUCUAUUGUUGCAAUGAUCUUGCUUUGCUCUGACUAUAAUUUGAAAGACUGUAAGAAACACUUCAAUCUAGUAAAAGAGUCUGUACCUUGCUGGACUUAUCAAUAAGAUCAAAGAAUAAUAUACUGGGUACGAUGGGUUACUAUGGUACAGAAUCUGGGCUCUUCCCUUUCUUCGCGAGUGUCGUGGGAUCUAUUACUGUAAGCUGGUGUAUAUACCGUACAAAGAGGACCACACAUCUGUGGGUCACAGAGUUCAUGUCAAACCAGUGCUAGAAGUUACAUCCUUUUAUUUCCCAGCAGUGCUGAUGACGAGACUGAAUGUUACCUUUUCUUUCUGACAGAUUUUAAAAAUUGAUAUGAUAAAAGCACAACUGCUAUGGAUUCUGCUGAGAACUCUCAUAGCAGGUAUAUAUGCGUUUUCACAGAGGAUUGAAAAAAAUGCAUGAUAUUUGUUUCUUUUUGAUAAAUUGGCAUGAUAGAGUGGAAAAGGCAAUUCACACAACCAUUUCAUAUUUUUAAAGAUAUUAUGCUUAUGGAUGGUCCUGGAAAUAAAUGACUAGCAGCCAAUUGGUUUUAUUUGUUACUUAACAUACCCUCAAACUGAGGCUUAAAAUAUUCCCUUUUAUAAAAAUAAACCUUGGGGUGGGGUGGGGCAGGAUUAAGACCCAUCCAAAAAAAAAUUAAAAAUAAAAACUAUAUAGGUGCUAUGUAUAUCUUUCAUCUGUAAAUGUCAGUGUCUGAACAGACAACUCGAAUUCUAAUCAUUACAUGUGUAGCCAGAGAAUCAUUUCCACUAAAUUUAUUAAGCCAAACUCCUGUCAGAUUUCACUUAUACCAUGUAGUCUAGGGUUGAGAGAGAAAGGGGAUUAAACUGGUUUCUUGUCUUAGGCCUGAACCAAAAAAAAAAAAAAAAAUGAUGUGGGGGAGGAAGGGAGAAGUCACUGUUAAUGAGCUUCACCAGAUGAGGAAACUUACUUAUAUGUUAUUUAAAUUGAGAUCAGGGAACAAGACAAGAACCUGGCCAGGUGUUGAUUGCAAUUUGUGAAUAAGCUAAUAAGAAUCUGUGUGCAUGUGAAAGUAGGAAGGGAGUAUUGAGGAAAACAGGGAAUUGAUUUCUUAAAAAUAAAAUUUAGCUAAAGAGGAGAAAUGUUACAAUCCUGCAAUUUUAUACUAGCUAGAAAAUAUUAGAUUUGAAAAUAUCACACAGAUUUGGUUUUGCACAUGGAGAAAAAAAUUCAGCAAUUUAAACUGAGCUCUUUGUUGGCAGACUAGUUGACUAUCAGCUGUCAUAAAGAGCAGAACAGUUUGGAGGCUUUUCCUGGAUAAAUAGCAUCAUACCUAUGUAGACAAUGUAGCCUAUGUAGAUAAAUUUCUGAGCUGUCAUCCAGAUUUGGAACUGUGUGUGAAUUUGGUAUAUUAAAUAGAAGUUUGCUCUUUUUUUCAGUUUAGUGUUUUUAAAAAUCAAUCAAAUGUAGACAUUUCUGUAAAAAUAAGUCCAAUUAGAUCAUUAUGCCACAGCCAGGAAGACAUGUAUUCUGAAUUUUGUUCUAAUUUGUCGUACUCAAGACCACUUUAAAAUAUCUUAUCAAAAUAUAAUAAUCUAAGAAACAAUCUAUUCCUCAAGAAAACCUCCUUCUUCUGAUAUCAGGAUAUAAAAUGAAACAUGUCAGCUCAAAUCUAGAUUUGAAUGCUAUUUCAGAAACUUUAUAUCCCUUUUAAUUGGACUUUUAAAAAAUAUGUAAUUCCAAAAAUUAUAGUCAAGAUUCAGUCAUUUUUGUUAAAAGAUAGUGUGGUUUAAGCAUGUUAAAGAUUUACUAGAAUGUUAAACUUACCUAGUUAUUAAAUAAGAGAAUCUUCUCUUGCAGCUAUUCAAAUAUCCCCAAAGCCCCAGAAAUUAGCACUCACUGUGCAUAUGGAAUUAUGGUUCAAGUCUAAGACAACCUAUAUAUACAAGUUCUAUUGAGAAGGAAGAAGUAGCAUUCAGCACAAUGGAACUAUAAGUUGUUUCUCCCACUUGUUACUGCAUCUUUGCUCAUUUCACAGGUGGCAUUGCAUUAGGACGUCUAAAGCAAUCACCAAAAAUAAAGGUGAACUACAUCUUCCAAGAAAUACUAAUAGAAAACAUUCAUCUAAUUUUCAACAUGAAAUUUUAAGGAUUUAAAUCUUGUCUUAAUGAAGACACUAGGGCUAAAAUUCAUGGUCAGUGUCAUAAAGUGCAUCUUACUUUAUUUCUGAAUUUUUCAUGCCCCUUCUAUUUUCUUACACUAAAGAACAUCUGGAUAAGUUAGAAGAGUGCCAACUUGUUUGAUUUGUUAACUGACUUUCUUGUUAAUGCUUUGAAUAUGGGAAGUAAGGGCUUUCUGUGUGUCUUGACUCACAGGAAAAUUGAAAACUGCCAAGGAAAGGAACAUCAUAAUAUUUGAGAUGGAUUGAACACAUUAGAGAAAAAUAAUUUCUGGAAAAUUACUAUGAUUUUUAUGUUAAUAUCUUCUUUAUUCCUAAGAUAUAAAUCAGGAUCUAUGCGGCAUUCAAAACAAAUUUAUUUUGAUUAUAUUCUUUGCAAGUGAUAAUUUUUACUUAGAAUUAUGGAAUAUGCGUGUGAGUUACACAUGUAUAUAAUUCAUAAACUAAACUACUGUGUUUUUCUAGUUUCAUUUCUAAAUGAACUGAUGGUGAACUUAAAGAAGUCAGCUACUAUAUUGAAAACAAGGACAUUAAAAAUGAUUUCAUAGUGUAGAAGUGAUCUGUGCAUUAUCCAUAACAUUUUAUUUCACAAUAGGACCACAGACAAAUAUUUAUGUAAAUAGAUAUUUUUGUGUGAUAUUUUGUGGUACAUGUAACUUUUUUUAGUGUUUCACAGCAUUAUUAUUUCAUUUUAUUUGUAAUGAAUAAUGUUUUUAGGUCCAAGUAGACUUGAAUUAAUGUCAUAAUUGUCAGUAUUAUUGAAAAUUAUGUCAACUGUACUGUUAUUCAUCUGUCCCAUAGUUUAGAACAUGACCUGGCUAUCUGGCAUUGUUGCAAGUGCCUUAAAUUCAUGGCAUCCUAUUAAAAAAACAAAUUUGGUGUUAUGCUGCAUGACAAAGACAAACACACCUCAAAAUGUUGUCCUUUCUUAGCUUGCUGCGUUUUACAGUUCUUUCUGCUAACAAUUUAUAAGCCUUUAUUAUAUAAUAUUGAUGAAUUACAGAAAUGAUGAAGUUGUUCUCUUAUUUCUGUUAAAUGUACCAGAGCUGUGUAUCUGUUAAUGAGAUACAGCGUCAUUUCUGUGAAAUGUAUAAAUGUAUGUGCAGGUCAAAUUAAUAUAUGACAUACUAUCAGUCUGUAUACAGGUAUUCCUGUUUUGCUAAGCUGUGCCGAAUCAGUUUUAAAAAAAUUAGUGCAGUCAAGUUCUAACAUAUCUCAUUUUAUAGUCUCCAUUAACAAUGGUCCAACCCAAAAGAAAAAUUGGAAAAUGACUGCUAGCCACACCUCGUUUGAAACCAAUGAUGAAAAAGUAUCUUGGUGCACCUCUCAACAAAACAGGAUGCUUUCUCCGAGUUAUUGUAUAUGCAAAUCAUGUAUGAGGCAAGUUUUUGAUGGACCUUAAAAGCUAAACAUUGAAAGUGUGUUGUUAGCCCUCCUCUUUACCUGCCCCUGCAGCAACAGAUAGAGCUCUGAGACCUUGAUGAUGACUCAGAGGUUUGGGCUUUCCAAGUAAAGGGACAUUUCUUUUAGCAUCAUCUAUCAAAUUUAUUUCAGUGUAUGAUGUUUUUACAACUGGUCAGUUCUUUUGUAUUCUUAUAGCUAUGGUUGUUUGAUUGUUCUCUUACAAUUUGUUCUACAUGAAAGAGUCCUUUGUUAGUCAGAAUGCAACAACUGUCAUCAAAUGGUCAUUGACCACUUGCACUCUUUUGAUGUAGAUUAAAAACUUUUUCAUAAACUUAA